AUGAGCGCUUCACAAUUUCUUCAUUACUUCAAAGAGGGUUGGGUCCAGUACUUCGGUAAGCCAAAUACCUUAAGACUUGAUCCUGCCGGAGCCUUUCGGUCCAAUGAAGUUGAAGCGUUUUGCGAUGCUGAAUCCAUUUUCUUAGAUUUCAUACCAGCAGAGGCUCACUGGAAAUUUGGAAUCUGCGAACAAGCCAUCAGGGGUAUCAAGGAGGUGAUGAACAAGUUAGUCGAAGAGGAUCCCAACAUCAUCCCAGAAGAUGCCCUGACCGUAGCUGUCCGCACUUUCAAUCACCGUGAAAUCACCAGAGGUUUCUCCCCAGUGCAGCACGCGCUAGGUUUGGCGCCAGAUGAAACAGGCCGCUUCAUCAACAGUUUGGAGGGCCGAGGCCAUGAAGAACUGGUCAGAAAUCCAACUGGUGAGUUCCAAGAAAGUAUCGAACGAAUGAAAACAGCAGAACAAGCUCACUCAGAAUGGAUAGCAAAAGAGAGGAUCAGUCGUGCCCUCAACAGCCGGGCCCAACGUACCAAUCACUAUCAGCCAGGUGAUUUGGUAUACUACUGGCGGAACCAACUCCCAAAAAGUAUGACCGCUUCCAAAACCGGAGGUUUUCUGGGACCAGCAAGAGUGCUAGUAACAGAAACCAAGAGGGAAGCCGAUGGUCAACUACGAGCAGGCAGCACAGUUUGGGUAGUGAGGGGCAGGCGACUUCUCAAGUGUUGUGUGGAACAGUUGAGACCAGCCACUCAUCGAGAGGAGCUCAUCGAACACAUGACCACCGAUGAGGACAAGAAGGCUCCCUGGACCAUACCACGGCUUGUGGAUCAGUUAGGUAGUCAUGAAUAUGAAGAUGUGUCAGAUCAAGCACCAAGUCAACAGCAGUGGCAGCAAGCUCAAGAGGAUCCACCGGAUCAGCCUAUGGCAGAGCCAGCAACACCUCGAGUGAGACACUGGACAAAGCGACCAUUGGCCACAACCGCGGCAGAUCCCACAGGAGGAGAAGCACCACCAGUGAGAGCAAAAGGAACAGCCUCAAGCAGUUCAGGGUUUGAAGCUGAGACUUGGUGGUCGCAGGUGCAUUUUUCAGAUGCGUCCGAAGAGUCCACAGCCUUUUGGAAUGAUCCAGAUGCAGCAAUGGAGAUAGCCAUUGACAUGCCUACCAGUCAGCGAGGCUGGAAACACCUGGAGGGAGAUAUGACAAGUUAUUUCCUGGCGGCAAUGCGGAAGCGGGCAGUAGAACUGAAUGAGAAGAAGAUGGACGCAGAAACCCGAGCUCAGUUUGAAGGAGCAAAGGGGAUUGAGGUGAAGAACUUCAUAGCAGCCAAGGCCUUCGAGACCAUACCAGUCCAUCUCCAACCACCACGUGAACAAGCCAUAGGAAUGAGAUGGAUUUUGACAUGGAAAGUGAAGGACGACGGAAGCUGUAAACCAAAAGCUCGAGCAAUCCUCCUUGGCUACCAAGACCCAGCCUACGAACACCGAGGCCCGCUGCUGGUGCAGCGCAUUGCCUCCUCGGCUCCACCGCCACCGCCGCCCUUCGACGAGGCGGGCGAGGAGGCUGCUCGAAGACAUUGUGUCUUUUUUCACAAUGCGCCCACGCGAGUCAGCGAGGCCGCGUUGAAGCGCUUCUUCGAGCGGGCCGGGAAUGUGCGAAGGCUGCGCAUUUUCCAGGAGAAUGGCAUGUCCAGAGGGAUGGGUUUGUGUGAGUACAUGACCCCUGAAGCUGCACUGGCAUCCUGUCGCGAGUUCGGGAUAGGGAGAUGUUUUUCGCUGGGACAAGCCGACCUGACACAGGAGGCCAAGAGACUCGCAAAGACCAACGCCGAUGUGAUUGUGACCUGUCAAACCGAAGCCACAAAAGGAAUCCAUCAUUUCAUGGCGGAGGAGUGGCAGCUGGUGGCUCACGGCGAACAUUGGGGCGCUGCUGGCGGCAGCAUCAACGCACAGAUGUCCAGCGCUUUUGUGCGUAAGCCCUUGGACGGCUCCAAAUUAGUUGGCAACGUCUCAGAAAUCAUUCGCCUAAAACCCUGGCGCAGUGACGUCGGGAAUUCUGGAAACUUCGGUUUGGCGGCGUCAGUCCUCGGUGGUGCAGUCAGUUCCCCGCUGUUCUCUGCGCUGGCACGAGUGACAGCAUUGGACUACAAGGGCAAAGGUGGGGUGUCGAUCACCUUGGACUUCCACGAGAAUCAGGUCCGUGAAGGCUUCGUGCUUCAGUUUGUUUGUGCCCACCUCGAUAGCGAGACGGAAGAGGCGCGGCACUAUGGCAUCGGACAGAUGUUGUCCGAGGCAAGGGCUCCGGAUCUGCGAACCGCCAACGCCUUGAGGAAGGAAGUGGUUGGCAAAUCAGGUGAGAUGCGAGAGCCCUGUGCGCUUUAUGACAGCCACAGAAAGUUCUGUGCGGCCGAAAAGUUCGAGCGAUCUGAAUUUCCGGCUCUCUGCAAAGAACAUUGA